UUUCCCGCCAUUGUGCCUGGGUGCGCGCGGUGCCGCGUGACCGGGCGGGGGAAGCGCGAGGCGGCGGGCCCGGGCCAUAGAGACGCGCGGCCGGGGGGGUGGGGUGGAGAUGGUGGGAUAGAGCGUCCCCCCGCCCUGCCGGCGGCCGCCCCGAGUCCGCCAGGGCCGCCCCGAGCCCGCCGGGCCCGGACAAAGCGCCGCCGCCUCCCGCCCCGCCCCGCCCCGCCAGCAGCCCCGCCGCGGAGCCAUGUCGGCUAGCAGCCUCCUGGAGCAGAGACCCAAGGGCCAAGGCAACAAAGUGCAAAACGGCUCUGUGCACCAGAAAGAUGGGUUGAAUGAUGAUGACUUUGAGCCCUACCUGAAUCCCCAGGCUCGCCCGAAUAAUGCAUACACUGCAAUGUCUGAUUCCUACCUACCAAGCUACUUCAGUCCCUCCAUUGGAUUCUCCUACUCCUUAGGCGAAGCUGCCUGGUCCACAGGGGGAGACCCCCCCAUGCCCUACCUGACCUCAUAUGGACAGCUAAGCAAUGGGGAGCCUCACUUCCUUCCCGAUGCCAUGUUCGGGCAGCCAGGGGCCCUUGGCAGCACUCCAUUCCUUGGGCAGCACGGCUUUAACUUCUUUCCAAGUGGGAUUGACUUUUCAGCUUGGGGGAAUAACAAUUCUCAGGGACAAUCCACUCAAAGCUCUGGCUACAGCAGCAACUAUGCCUAUGCUCCCAGCUCACUGGGAGGGGCCAUGAUUGAUGGGCAGUCAGCCUUUGCCAAUGAGACCCUCAACAAGGCUCCUGGCAUGAACACUAUUGACCAGGGUAUGGCAGCCCUCAAGCUGGGCAGCACGGACGUGGUGAACAGUGUCCCGAAAGUCAUUGGCUCAGCCGUGGGGAGUGGAUCUAUCACCAGUAAUAUUGUGACAUCGAACAGUUUGCCUCCGGCAACGAUUGCCCCACCAAAGCCAACCUCGUGGGCUGACAUUGCCAGCAAACCUGCCAAGCAGCAGCCCAAGCUGAAGCCCAAGAAUGGCAUUGCAGGGCCAAGUCUUCCGCCGCCUCCCAUAAAACAUAACAUGGAUAUCGGAACUUGGGAUAACAAAGGGCCAGUGGCAAAAGCCCCAUCACAGACCUUGGUCCAGAAUCUUGCUCAGCAGCCACCACAGGUGUCUCCACAGCCCCAUGGCCAACAGAUCAGUAGUAGCCCACUGGUUACCCAGACUCCGGGUGGGCAGCAGCCGCCGGCACUGCCACCGCCAGCCCCACUGCCUGUGCCACCGGCACAGCCCACCCGCUGGGUUGCCCCUCGGAAUCGUGGCAACGGCUUUGGCCAGAAUGGAGUGGACGGUAACGGAGUGGGACAGGCUCAGGCCAGUUCUGGUUCUCCUUCUGAGCCACACCCAGUCUUGGAGAAGUUGAGAUCUGUUAACAACUAUAACCCCAAGGAUUUUGACUGGAACCCAAAGCAUGGGCGGGUUUUCAUCAUUAAGAGUUACUCUGAGGACGAUAUCCACCGUUCCAUUAAAUACAAUAUCUGGUGCAGUACAGAGCAUGGCAACAAGAGACUGGAUGCAGCCUAUCGCUCCAUGAAUGGGAAGGGCCCCGUAUACUUACUGUUCAGUGUCAAUGGUAGUGGUCACUUCUGCGGCGUAGCAGAAAUGAAAUCUGCUGUGGACUAUAACACCUGUGCAGGUGUGUGGUCCCAGGACAAAUGGAAGGGACGUUUUGAUGUCAGGUGGAUUUUUGUGAAGGACGUUCCCAACAGCCAGCUGCGACACAUCCGCCUAGAGAACAACGAGAAUAAACCAGUGACCAACUCCAGGGACACUCAGGAGGUGCCUCUGGAAAAGGCUAAGCAGGUGUUGAAAAUUAUUGCCACCUACAAGCACACCACCUCCAUCUUUGAUGACUUCUCACACUAUGAGAAACGCCAAGAGGAGGAGGAAAAUGUUAAAAAGGAACGCCAAGGCCGUGUCAAGUAAAAGGCCAUUGCAUCUCAGCUGUCUUUCAGAGAGAGAAAGGAGCAAGAGUAUCCCAGAAAGAAUUAGGACUUUUUUUUCUUAAUUCCUUUGACUUCAAAAAGACUUUUACAAGCUUCCAAUUAAAAAAAAAAAAAAGUAUUGGAAUAUCACAAGACAUAGGACUAAAAAAACCAAAAACAACUACAAAAAAAUCCCUUCUAGGUAGAGUAGAGGUAAAACCUGUCCCAUUUCUUUUGGCUUUGGUUGUGAUUUCAGAGCAUACCCUUUGUUUUUGUCUUUUUACUAUGGUUUUUAGAUUUUCAAGUCCAUAAGUGGCAUAUGCCUUUUUUUUUUGUCUAAUUUUUAAAUCUCAUUGUUCCUCCUCUUUCCACCCUGUUGGGCCUCCUUCCCUGGUUUUGAUAUUUGCACUUGGAACACUGAAUUAUAGCAUCCACCAUGCAAAGUGGAGUAACUUUAUUUUUUUUUUCUUUCCCCGGACCAGAAGAGGAGGAGUUCUGUGAGGAAUUUGGGGUUUUGGCCUAAGAAGAAUUGAACAGAAAAUUGUCCAAGAGGUUAUGUCUUAAAGGUGGUUCAUUUUUCUCUGACCCUUUGUUACUCAAAAGUCAAGUACUAGGAGUCCUAAGAAAUGUUCUGUUCUUGUGCAGUAUAUAGAUUUAAAGAUUAGGUCUGGAUGAAUUUGAUUUUUUGAAAGCUGAGAACAGUGGUAAAAACUUGUCUUGUUUACAGGAAAAUGAAUUUUGGACAAUAAAAAGCCCAAAACAAACCAAGGAAGAAAUAUUGUAAAAUGUGUAGUGACUAUGUUUCAGUUUCUUGUUAAGCCAAUGAGGACUGGGCAUUGCCUUUCUUUUCACCAUUAAUCACUUCUCAUUAAUAAAUGUGAGAUCUUGUUGAGCA